AUGGCCAAAAAUUGUAGCCUUGGGUGCGAUGAGUAUCUUGGAUCUGGGAAGGUGGUUGACAAGUGCGGCAUGUGCGGAGGUGACAACUCGACCUGCAGGCUGGUCUCCGGAGUGUUCAAACACAGCUUGUCCAAGAUUGGCUACCACAAGAUAGUGGAGAUCCCAGAGGGAGCCACAAGGAUCAACGUGACGGAGAUGGUGAAGAGCAGAAACUACCUGGCUCUGCGAAGCCGUUCAGGGAGAUCCAUUAUAAAUGGAAACUGGGCUAUCGACCGACCGGGGAAAUAUGAGGGUGGAGGUACCAUGUUCACCUACCGCAGACCCAAUGAGAUCAGCAGUAAAGCUGGGGAAUCCUUUCUUGCUGAGGGCCCCACCAAUGAAAUUCUGGAUGUUUAUAUGAUCUUUCAGCAACCAAACCCUGGGGUUCACUACGAGUACAUUCUCCCCUCUGAGAAAACCGUCAAGCCUCAGCAACCAACACAAACAGCAGAAGAAUCUGCAAGAGGACAGGAUGAGUACACGCAGCAGGAGAACUUCAACUCUGCAGGUGGGGGAAGAUAUCAGCCACAUCUUCCUGACAACCAGGUACCUGCUGUGGUUCCUCCAAGACGUGACAGGGAGUACAACUGGAAACUGACUGGUGCCACAGAAUGCAGCGCCUCCUGUGGAAAAGGUUUCAGAAAUUCAAUCUUCCGCUGCGUCCACCGGCUGAAUCACGUCGAGGUGUCGGAUGCUUUUUGUGAAAGCAGCAGCCGCCCAGGUCCACAGGAGGAGGCCUGCAACCUGCAGCCCUGCCCAGCAUUUUGGGAUAUCGGAGAGUGGUCGGAGUGCAGCAAGACCUGCGGACUGGGCAUGCAGCACCGGCAGGUUCUGUGCCGCCAAGUUUAUGCCAACCGCACCCUCAACGUCCACAUGAGCCGCUGCCAACACCUGGAGCGACCCGAAACGGCCAGUACCUGCCAGCUCAAGAUCUGCAGUGAGUGGCAGAUCCGCUCUGAGUGGACAUCUUGUUCGGUGCCGUGCGGGGUGGGUCAGAGGUCAAGAGAGGUGCGCUGUGUCAGCAACGUGGGUGACUUCGUUCCUGAUGAGGAGUGCAACAUGAACCUGCGACCCACCAACGUAGAGAACUGUGACAUGGGAGCCUGUGCCAAGAGCUGGUUUUACACCGAGUGGGGAAACAGGUGCUCUGCUGAAUGCGGGAUGGGUGUCCGAACCCGCAGCAUUCUUUGCCUGACCAACCACAUCAGCAGCCUCCCUCUAGAGGGGUGUGGCAGCGAGCGGCCUGCAGACUCCCAGGUCUGUAACAACGGUCCCUGUGACAAUCGAAUCGAGUGGUUCACAGGUCCUUGGAGCCAGUGCUCUGCAGAAUGUGGCUCAGGCAGUCAGCAGAGGUCAGUGGUUUGCCUGAUAAAGUCUGAUGAAGGAUUUACCGUCAUGCCACCCUAUGAAUGCUCAUCCUUGGACCGACCACUCAGUCAGCAGAGCUGCAACAUUAAGACCUGUGGGGCGAAGUGGUACCACACUGACUGGAGUGCAUGUUCAAAAACGUGCGAAGGAGGUUUCCGCGUUCGGGAGGUGCGCUGUCUGUCAGACGACAUGCUGUCCUCUGAGGCCUGUGAUGACCAGCUGAGACCGGCGGACAGGGAGGACUGCAGCCCUGAGCCCUGCAUACCUCAGAUAGACCUGAACUGCAGAGACAAGUACUACAACUGCAACGUGGUGGUCCAGGCUCGCCUCUGUGUUUACGAUUAUUACAAAACGGCAUGCUGUGCAUCUUGUUCACGCAUCGCACACAAACAGAAAGCACACCGAGGUCACAGCUAGCACCGACUUCCCGAGGAUCCUAAUUCACACCCACUAAAGGUUCUCUGACCCCGAGCCUGCCUGGACAGACGGACGGACAGGACCUUUUCCAGAAAGGACCCUCAUUAAUAUUAAGAGGGAUGAAAACCCGAGAAGGACCAUUUGUGUUGGAUCUUUUACGGGUUGCUGUUGGGGAACAAAAAAAAAAACAGAGGCCAUAAAUCAUGUGACAUGAAUCUAGGUGCUGGAAAUAAGGAACGUUGUCCGGAUCAACGAGAGCCACAACAAACAGAGGAAUCAGAAAAAAAAAAACUUGUCGGGUUCUUGUUCUUCAGUUUGAGAUGAAGCGUUCACAGCUGGCUCUUGUGCAUCACUUUGUCCAGCGGAGACUGCCAGUGAACCCUCUGCGGAGGAUAUAUUCUAACAAAGUGGAAAAUGUCCAGCAUAUAAUAAGCGGUUUCACAUCCAGCCUCACUAACAUCGGCUCAUUAAACUGAGCUCAGCACAAAAACAUUCCUUUCAUCAACAAAUUCUGUGCAUUAAACCCUCCAUGGGGCUAACGACGUGUCCGGUCCUACGCUGCCCUGAGAUGAAACAGCAGCUUAUGUAAUAUAAUUAUCUGUAUAUAUGAUUGUGUAUGACAACGUCUGAUAAAUGCUUUGUUUUUUGAAUGAUUCUCUGACCCUCCCACAUAACCUAAAAGGAGGGGGAGUCUUCUUUAUUUAUGUAUGUGACUCUCCAGGGUGGAUGCUACUUUAUCGGCCACUGGUGGCUUCUUCUUUUCAGCUGUUCUGCCUCUAAGCCAAUCGCAGCCUCUGAACUGGACGUGGGCGUCUCUCAGCCUGCUGGAUGGCAGAACCAGAUGCUCCAAACACUGCUGAUUUUUGACAAGUUGAAAACAUGACAUUGUUUCUUCUUCCCUGUGGGUCAUGAUCACUCCACAACCAAACAAUCCUUGACAAUGUACACACAACUUUUAAAAUAAUUUUAAUGCUUUAUUGAUAUAGCUGCAUUGUACAGAUGGCUUGAUUUAAUAUGUCUGUGGUUCAUAAAUUCCUGUUUAUAAUUUAGCCCUUUUUACCGUAACAAUGUUGUUUAUAAACGUUCUCAUGUAGUACCUCACAA